AUGGGCCUUGAGAAGGUCAAGCAUAUUGUGCUGGUUUUAUCCGGCAAGGGCGGCGUGGGCAAGUCUUCUGUGACCACGCAACUAGCCCUUUCGCUGUCACAGGCAGGCCAUUCUGUAGGCAUUCUCGAUGCUGACCUCACGGGACCAUCUAUUCCUCGCAUGUUGUCCAUUGAAGAAUCAAAAGUCACUCAAGUUCCGGGAGGGUGGGCUCCAGUUCCCGUUCACGAAAAAGACCCAAGCACCGGUGUCGGUAGCCUGCACGCCAUGAGCUUGGGUUUUCUGCUUCCCAAGCGAGGUGAUGCCGUGGUGUGGAGAGGGCCAAAGAAGACAGCCAUGAUUCGGCAGUUUAUCCGUGAUGUUCUCUGGGACGAAACGGAUUACCUGCUCAUCGAUACACCACCUGGAACAAGUGACGAGCACAUAUCUCUUGCUGAAACGUUGCAGAGCGAGGCCCUUCCUGCCCAAGUUGCAGGCGCUGUUGUUGUGACGACCCCGCAAGCCGUCUCAACGUCCGAUGUUCGAAAGGAACUCAACUUUUGCUUCAAGACUGGCAUACGCGUGCUUGGCGUAGUCGAAAAUAUGAGCGGCUAUGUCUGCCCGCACUGCUCCGAGUGCACUGACAUCUUUGGUUCCGGGGGUGGCCGUACCAUGGCGGAGGAAUUCAAAGUCCCAUUCUUGGGAACCGUGCCGAUGGAUGCGCAGUUUAUUGCUCUGCUUGAAGAAGGCCGCCGACCCCAGUAUCCUGUGGGGACGCAAAUCAACGGGAACGACAUAUCAUCGCAUGAAGAAGAUGAUGGCAAUUGCCAGGAUGCACACGGCAGUGGCAAUCUGGUUGAUAAAUACAAGCACUGCGCACUGUCGCAUGUGUUUAAAGACAUCACAAACUCUCUCACAACCAAAAUAUUGACCCAAGGCUGA